AUGAACGCAGAGCGACUCGGCGGGCUGGCAGCGUUCCUCGCGGACCCGCUCGUCGCGUCGCUCGUCCAGGCGCACCCGAACCGCGUCGCGGAGCCUGGCUUCACGCCGCCCGCGGCCUGGCUCGACUGGUGGGACGUCGACGCUGCGCGCACGGUCGAUUGGCUGUCCCUGCUCAACCACUACCAACGGGACCUCGCAUGCCCAUCCAUCCCACCCUCGCUCCGAUCCGUAAUCACCUCUGCGCGCCGCCUCCAGCUCCCCCGCGACCCGCAUCCCGACUCCAUCCAAACCACGCAGCGCCCGGCCGUCUAUGGCAUGUCCCCCAAGAAGGGCCACGAGGUCGCCCGCAUGGUCGACUACAUCGCGCAUUUGCUCUCGUCCACGCCUGCGCUCGCUCGCGUGAGCCAUGUCGUGGACGUCGGUGCUGGACAGGGCUACCUCUCCCGCGCCCUGCGCGACUCCCUCGGCCUCCACGUCCUCGCCAUCGACGGCGACGACCGCCAAACACAGGGCGCCGAGCGCCGCGCCGAGAAGAUCGCCGCAAAGUCGCGCAACGCCAAAACAAGCAGCCCGCAUCCUUCUAGCUCUGGCUCGCUCACGCACAAAACCAUCCGCAUCAACCCCGACACGCUGCGCUCGGCCGUGAGCGAAUGGACCUCCGAACAUGAACACAAACACUCAGAGCCGGUCCAGGUGCUCGUAGUGGCCCUGCACGCCUGCGGCUCGCUCACCCCCGACAUCCUCCGCGGCGUCCUCGCGUCCCGCGGGGGCGAGCAGAGAUGGACGCCCGCCGCGGCGCUCGUCGUGGGGUGCUGUUACAACCUCAUGUCCGAAAACGAUUUCCCGCUGUCGAAGCGCCUCGCUGCGCACCCCUCCCGGCCCAGGAUGGAGCUCUACCGCAGACACGAUCACACACGCCCGGAUCAUAGCUACGAUAGUACUGAUAAUAAUCACGAGCUGGUCCUGACGCAACACCACGUCCAGCUCGCCGCGCAAGUCCCCUCCCAAUGGACGCGCACCCCUGCCACUCUCCGCGCCGCCGAGCUGGCUAUGAACAAGGUGGUGUGGCGCGCGCUGCUGGGCCGGUGGGUCGGCCUCAGGGAGGGACGGGAGGGGCAGAGCGAACGGAGGGGGCUGGUCACCGGGCGCGCCGAGGUUGAGUGUGCUUGCGAUCGUGAUACCGGGGAGAGUGUCAGUGCCCCAAGGCCGCAGGUGCGCCUGGGGAAGCUCCCCGCCUCCGCGUACACGUCCUUCCCCGCGUUCCUGCGCUCCGCCUCGGCCAAAGCCGGGGUAUCCCUCCCCCCGGACGCAUACGCCUACCUGGAUACGAGGGAGGGGAAGGAGAUGGAGGGCAGGCUGAGGUGCUUGUACGUGAUGCGGUGUUUGCUGGGCCCGGCGGUGGAGAGCUUGCUGCUGCUGGAUCGGGUGGUCUGGUUAAGAGAGGGUUUGGAGGAGGCGGGGGACAGGAGGGAGGCGGGGAUGGUGAGUCUCUUUGAUCAGGGGACGGGGAGCGCGCGGAAUGUGGCGAUCGUGGUCGCCCCGCGGAGCGACUUUGCUUUACUGCGCUUCGCGCAAUAGGGAUGGGUGGGGCGAUGCAAAGGACGGUGGAUGACUCGCGUGUCAUGUUACGAGGUUAUCCGUGGGUACAUUCGCGCUGUGGCAUCGGUCAUACUUGGUGAGCGCGACUGCGUCCGGACGCGUCUCUUUCCCGCUUGAUUCUGG